GACUUGCUGCCAGAGGCAGGUCCAGUGCUGCACUGGGCCGCCAGCCCGGGCCAGGACCUGCCGCAGGUGCUCGUUGGCCGCCUCGCGUGGCCAUCACGGCCCCCAACGCUGCACUGGGCAGUCUGCUUGAGUCAAGGCACGGAGAGGGGCUGCAGCGACGCGCGGCUGGACUGCGGUCUGCCCCACGGACCAGGCGGAUGGCCGUUCUCGAGCCCUGGCCCGCUCGCACUGCGCUGGCGCGCGGCCUUCGGCGCGGCGCGGCCGAAGCAGAGGGCCGCCCACGCAAAUGUCCGCGAGCUGCAGGCGGCGCGCGCCGCACCCCGGCGUCGGGCGCACAAGGCGAGCUGCCCCUCCAGCAGGUGGCCCCACCUCGUGGACAGCCAGGUCGUCGCAGCCAUCGCGGCGAAGGGCAGGAGCAACAGCCGCCGAUUCCAGCCCACGUUGCAGCGUUGCGUUGCGGCCGCGGUCGCGGCGGACAUGCACCAAGUCGUCGGCAACGCGGCGUCAGGGGACAACCCGGCGGACGAAUCGUCGCGGUGGUUGCGGCGUGGCUCGCGGCUCAGGCAUCGCUACCUCGCAGCAGUCAGCAGCCUGCUGGAACACCACGGCGCGGUCGAAGCGGGCGUCAAGGCGCUGGGAAAGGAGAGCGAGGACGCCGACGCGCUGAUAGCGGGCUACUCGGCAUCGCGGCUGCACCUCAGCUGGGCGCCGCUGAAGACGCGGCGGAAGCGCGAGCCCGCGGCGCGGGCGCUGCCCUUCACGCCCGAGACAGCGGGCGCCAUGGCCGAGUUCACGGUCGAGGCGGGCUGCAUCGACACCGCGCACUUCUUCGCGGUGGCGUUCGCAGGUUUGUUGCGCGGCGGCGAAGCUUUCAUCUUGCAGGGCGACGGCGCGGCGUUGCGCGGCCCGUACGCAGUCCUUCGCAUCGCCUGGUUUGAGACGACGGCAGGGCGCGAUGCGGCGGAGGCAUUCGUGAUCCGAUCGGCCAUCAAGAUGCUGUUGUUGCGGGAAGCGUUGGUGGGCUUGCCAGAAGGCGAGCGUUUGAGCUCGCGGUCCCCCCACCAGCUGCGGAUGGCCCUGCUGGCGCUGGUCGAGGGCCUCGGUUUCCAGGAACUCUUCAGCUGGCACUGGCGCUGGCGCGGCGGCGCCCUUGAGCAUCUCUUGAGAACGAAGACCAUGGUAGGCACUCUGGCGCUGACGGCGGGCGUCGUCCCAGACGGCCAGAAUCUACGUCGAGGCCGCCGCGUCCGACAUUGUCCUCGUCCAGCCUGGUGACUUCGAGGCGAGCCGGGUCUAGUACGGGCUCCGAGUCUUGAGGGCUUCCAUUCGGUUAUGGUUGAACGCAUUACUUGUCAUUGCCUCUGGUUGCGAGCAAAG